GGGUGAUAUUGAACCAUAGAUACGUAACAAGACUCACAUACAUCAUGGUUGGCGACUAAAGCUAGCCCUCGUAUAGUAUUAAACAGUAGAAGUUUUUUAUGUAAGUUAGUUCUAUGUACCUCGGUAAUUUCCACAGUCGGCUUCACUAUUUUCGAGUUUAACAAAUAGGAGGCCCUCGUAUAUCUUGAGUACGUACUUCUACAUCUCUUUCUGAUCUCUGGAAAUUAAAGAGCAAGGCAGCAACUUUGGGAGGCACACACUUCUUGUAAUUCUUAGAACCUAUAUCGUUUUUUUGUCAUGGCUAAAUCCAAUUCUUCGGUUGGCAGAGGCUCUUCUGUCAUUUCGAUGAUACUUCUACUUGGGCAACUGAUGGCUAGCUUUCAAACAACAGGUGCUCAAAUUGGUGUAUGUUAUGGAAUGCUUGGCGACGACCUACCAUCCCAAGCAGAAGUUAUUACUCUCUUCAACCAAAAUAAUAUCCAUAGAAUGAGACUAUAUAAUCCAAAUCCAGCCGCUCUGGAGGCCCUUAGAGGCUCUAACAUUGAGCUCAUGUUAGGCAUACCAGAUGAAAACCUUCAAAACCUUGCCACAAGCCAAGAUAAUGCAAAUACAUGGGUUCAAAACAACGUGAGAAAGUAUGACAAUGUAAAAUUCAAAUAUCUUGCGGUAGGAAAUGAAAUCAAGCUCUCGGACUCAUUAGCACAAUUUCUUGUCCCGGCAAUGCGAAACAUUCAAAAUGCAAUUUCUAGUGCUAGUCUUGGAAACCAAAUCAAAGUUUCCACUGCUUUUGACACUACAGUACUUGGAGUGUCCUUUCCUCCAUCAAAAGGCGUAUUCAAGUCCGAAUAUAGAGCAGUUUUGGAUCCCCUCAUUGCUUUCCUCGUGGACAACAACUCUCCGCUACUCCUUAACAUGUACCCUUAUUUUGCUUACAGUGGCAGCAGUGGUGACGUUCGUCUUGAUUAUGCUCUUUUCACAGCUCCCUCAGUUGUAGUACAAGAUGACAACCUCGGUUACAAUAAUCUUUUCGAUGCAAUUUUGGAUAGUGCUUAUGCAGCUCUUGAGAGGGCGGGUGCAGGGUCUUUGGCAAUUGUUGUAUCGGAGACUGGCUGGCCAUCAGCUGGUGCAAAUUCAACAACAAUUGAUAAUGCAAGGACUUAUAACUCAAAUUUGAUUAAACAUGUGAAGAAAGGGACGCCAAGGAAGCCUGGAAAGCCCAUAGAAACUUACAUUUUCGCCAUGUUUGAUGAGAAUAGAAAGACCCCAGAGCUUGAAAAACAUUGGGGGCUGUUUUCCCCAAACAGACAGCCUAAAUACCCAAUUGAUUUCAAUUGAUUAGCUAGUAAUUAAAUGAAUUGUGAAAAUAAGGGCCAGCAUUUGUUUGCGAUCGAACCACUAAUAAGAGAUGGCAAAGUUAUCUGCAAG